AUGGACUCAGUAGCGCCACUUCCGCCUCCUCCCAACAUUAUUCAAGGCAGCCUCGCCUCCGGUGAAGGAAUCCUGUGUCUUGGUCUCCCCAGAAGCGGUACUUUAUCCAUUGUCACUGCACUUCGGCACCUGGGCUAUACGCAUGUCCAUCACGGUGCGGAACAGGUUUUCAACUCGACAAACUGGGCAGCCUCUAUACGUGCCUCGCGGGCUUGCUUUCCUGUGUGGCAUGGGGCUGAUAAAUAUGAAACUCCACCUUUUACUAAAGCCGACUGGGACGCAUUUUUGGGACAUUACCAAGUUGUCAGCGAUUUCGCUGGCUUCUAUGGAGAACAUAUAGCAAGAGUAUACCCAAGGGCCAAGGUCAUUCUUGUUCAGCGCCCAUUUGACUCUUGGUAUCCGUCUUUCGACGCGGCGAUUCUGCAGGCGCUUUUUCAACCAAUUCGUGCCUUUCUUUUCCAGCGAAUCAUUGCACCUAUUACAGGAAUAACUGCUUUCGCGGCGCACCCCUACAUGGUGUUUGGAAGCUUCAAAGCGCGCAAUGUACGGGAAGCAAGAAACAACGCUCGAGCGGUAUACGAAGAACACUACGCGACUGUGAGAAAGAUUGUCCCGCCGGAAAAUUUACUCGAAUUUAACAUUGAAGAUGGCUGGGCUCCUCUGUGCACGUUUCUUGGAAAAGAGGUUCCUGACAUUCCAUUUCCAUACGUAAAUGAUCGAAACGUUAUUUUGGAUAUGGUCAACACGCUGUGUUUCAGUCUUACUAUUAAAUCUCUAUGGAUUGUCAUAAAGCGUUUAUCACCAGUCUUAGGUGUGAUGGUUGGAUACUGGCUCGCACGUCAAGACAUGACAGCGCUUGGAAUGAUUCGCCGGAUUAAGGACAACUUACCCUAUCUUUAG